AUGAUACUGCUGCUAUUGGCCGGUUGUGCGAUGGCUCACCCUUCAACUACGCUCCAACGACACUCCAAUCAACCUGCACCAGGGAGUUCGCAACCCUUGCGAGCCCUCGGAGCCCUCGGCAUCCUGUUUGGGGCCAUCGAAACCGAAGCAGCCAUCGAACGGCGACUUGAGCGGCUCGUGCGUGACCUCGACCAGGCCCCGGUCGCUCAACAGCGCCAGCUACGCGAUACCAUCACCGGUACACUAGAGCGUGGCCGUCUAGCGAUGCACCUUCUUGGUACCGGGCUCGAUCUGGCCGUUUCCCGGCGAUCUGACGAUGCCACCGGUGACUAUAAGCGGCUGUUGCUCGCUCGAACACAGGAAUCGCCACCAAAUCGACGUUCAGCGAAUAACACCUCUUCGGAUGUGGCUUCCGUCAGGCGGCAGAUUGAAAGCCAGCUAGCAGAGAUGCGUCGCCAACUUGCACCUCGACUUUCACGCACCGUACGCCAUCUGGGUGUUCCAAACCUUGCAACAUCCCUCGGGAACGAGUUGAUCCAACGACUGCUAGCGCAAACACUCCCCAAAGCGAAGCCAAUUCAAGAGCGAAUGCAAUCCGGACUGCGUGCACACGUCGAGCGGAUAUUCCGGCGACAGGAUACGAACGAAAUUGCCGUCUCGGUGGAUGCGUCCGGUGAGACCACGGAGUCCGAAUCAUCUGAAGAAGAGGACGGUCCAGGUGGACUAGUAGGACUCAUCGCGAGCCUCAGUGGUGGUGAUGAAGGCUCAGAUGUUGGAGCUCUCAUCGGCUCGCUAUCAGCCGUCGUUACUAACCUGUUCGGGCCAGGUGGACUGGACGUGCCGGGGCUGCUCGGAACGGGCACUUCACUCAUCGCGGGUUUGCUUGGGGGUGAUGACAAUUUCGGCAAAGUGCUCGGCAGCUACGUUGGCAUCGCGAUUGAGGGCCUUUCCGGUGGCGGUGCGGACAUGAACGGUGCGUUCUUUGGUAAUUUCCUCGGUGCCCUUAUCGCCGCCCUCAGCUCGGAUCCAGAAGACGAGGAUCUCCCAUUGCGACCCAAGCUGUUUGUGGAAAACUUUUUCUCAGGACUCGAGGCAGCUAAACGUAAGGCAGAUCCAAACGAGGAUGCGGAACAGUGUUGCCAGCAAAAGCCCGGGUCGGAUCUGUUCGGUUUCCUUGGCAACGUCGUGUCAUCGGUGGUUGGAGGCGUCACCAGUCUCAUUCUCAACGCGUCCCUUGGCUCAUCCGGUGGAUCUUCGCAAGGAUCAGCAGAUGCAUCCGGCGCAUCCUCGGCUGGCAGUAGUGGCGAUCAUCCAAAAGCGUAG